UAGGAGCAGCACGCGACACGUGAGGGCGACAGCGUACGAAGCUGCAGUAGCAACAGCGGCAGUAGCGGCGGCAGCAGCAGCAGCCGCGGCCACCGGGGGCCUCCACCGCCUCCACUGUUUACCUUCAUCCUCGGCCGAUAAAGGGCGACACCUUCAAAACGGCCGCGGGUCUUACCAUAGGCGCAUAUCUACCCCGCGGAUCGACGGGACGGAGGCAUUCAAACAACGACGUCGUUCACCGGCUGACAUAUAGUCGGCGACAGAGGCAGGAUAGCAGACGACGUCCCCGCAGAGGACACCGACGAGACCCGCGCCAUGCUGGCAGUCUUCCUGGUGGUGGCGGUGCUGGUGCACGCGGUGGCGGCGGCCGAGGACUUUGGCCCCUGCUACCGUGAGUGCGUGCCGGGCGAGACCAGGGUGUGCAAGUUCAAGUUCCACGAGGAAAUCUACAACGCCUUGAACUCGGCCUGCGGACGCUGCGCCGACGGCGAGGUCGCCGACUGCUUCGCCAGGGCCUGCGUCCCGCUGGACGGCGUGGAGAGGACCGUGUACACCAUCAACAGGAAGCUGCCCGGGCCGGCCUUGCAUGUGUGCGCCGGGGACACGGUCAUCGUGGACCUGCAGGUGCGGCUGCCCGGCCACGCCGACACCAUCCACUGGCACGGCCUGCACCAGCGCGACACACCCCACAUGGACGGCGUCAGCAUGGUCACCCAGUGCCCCAUCCCGUCGGGCCAGACCUUCCGCUACCAGUUCGUCGUCGACCUGCCCGGCACGUACUUCUACCACCCGCACAACGGCAUUCACAAGGUGAACGGCGCCGUCGGCGUCCUGGUGGGCCGCGCGCCCCGCGCCCUCGACCCGCACGCCGACCUGUACGACGAGGACCUGGCCGAGCACGCCGUCUUCCUCAUGGACUGGAUGCACGUCGACGCCGAGUACGUGUUCCCGGGGCUGCACAAGCCGCUCGGCCAGACCCCCGUCACCGUCCUCAUCAACGGCCAGGGUGACUUCCAGCAAGCCGACGGCAACUGGACGAAGACCCCGCUGGCCGAGUUCCGGGUGCGGCGCGGGCUCCGGUACCGCUUCCGGGUCAUCAACAGCGGCGGUCUGAGCUGCCCCCUAACGUUCCGGGUGUACGGCCACAAGCUGACCAUCAUCGCCAGCGACUCGCGCGACGUGCAGCCCCUCGAGGUCGACACCCUCUACACGUUCUCAGGCGAGCGCUACGACGUGGUGGUGACGGCCGACCAGGACGGCGACGCCUUCUGGGUGCACUCGUACGCGGCCACCUGCUCCGCCCCCGCCGAGCAGGUCGCCGUGCUCCGGUACGACAGCGCGGCCGACGGCACCCUGCCCGCCGCCCCGAGGCCGUCGGCGCGGCCCGGACUGCUGCAACCAGAGGGGGUGGUGAUGAACUCCCCGGCCUGCACGGGAGGCUGGCCCGGCCAGCGGUGCGCGACGGACCUGCAGAGCCUGGAGGCCCCCGACGACCCCCGGAUGCUGGGGACGGCCGAGCCCGACGACCGGGUCGUGCAGGAAGUCGUCUUCCACGGCUACACGAACGAGGAGCUCUUCGACACCGAGUACUACCCGCAUUUCCUCACCUUCGGCAGGAACAUUGCCGGCACCAUCGGCAACGUGUCCUUCAAGAUGCCGAGCACACCCCUGCUCACCCAGCCGGGAGAGUCCCCGACCUGCGGCGGCUGCGCGCCCGGCGAGAGCUUCUGCGUCUGCACGCACGUCCUCCCGGUCCGGCUCGGCACGCGCUACGAGAUCGUCCUGGUGGACGCGACGGACG